CGAUAUACGUCCUCGUAUCAUUCGAUGUCGUUCGAUAUCCGGCACUUGCCAAAGUUAUGGAGUGGUGUGCACUUCGCGAAAGAGACUAUUAUGACUUCCGAAAACUAUCCAAAGAUAAUUUGUUGUUGUUGUAUAUAUUGCUGAUCGCACUGAUCUUUAUUACUUUGUUCCUAUGCGGCUUUUUCUUCACUUCUUCUCAUUAUGACCAUAAGAUCGCCUCGAACUCGAAUAUACCCGAAUACAUCGGUAACUUGAGAAUAAAGACAGAUCUGUUAUACAAACCAUUGAUAAAAAGAUUAAUAUUCAUGGUGAUCGACGGGCUAAGGUGGGACUUUAUUGCGGGUCCAAUAGGAAAAAUCGCCAUGCCGUUGACGAGUGAUAUACUGGCAAAUGAUCACGGAUGCUUGAUACAGGCUAAAUUGCAGGCACCAACAGUGACGAUGCCUAGAAUAAAAGCCAUGAUGACUGGUACAGUGCCAAACUUUGUAGAUGUAAUACUGAACUUUGGGAGUAAACCUCUGCACGGCGAUAAUUUGUUGUCCCAAGCGAAGGCACAUGGGCAUAAAUUAAUAUUUUAUGGAGACGAAACUUGGCUCUCUCUAUUUCCCAAUAUAUUUGAUCGUCACGAUGGUACUACUUCGUUUUUUGUUACAGAUUUUACAGAGGUAGAUAAUAAUGUGACUCGACAUAUACAAGACGAGUUGAGUAAUGACGAUUGGGAUGUGAUGAUUCUUCAUUAUCUCGGACUAGAUCACAUUGGUCACGUCGAAGGUCCGUUUGGUCCAUCAAUUAAACCUAAAUUACAAGAAAUGGAUAAGAUUGUCGCUCAAAUAGCCCAAAAAGUUCAGGAUUGGAACGAUGAUGGAGAACCCACACUUUUCGUCGUCUGCGGCGAUCAUGGAAUGAAAGACUCUGGCGGCCACGGCGGCUCGACGCCGGAAGAAACAACAGUGCCGAUUAUUACGGUAGGAGGAACCAACUGUGUAUAUGAAGACACUGAAUUAAGAAUUCCGAUUGAGGUCCAGCAACUCGAUAUUGCGGCGACAUUAUCGGCCGCUCUCGGGCUACCCAUUCCUUCUACAAGUCUUGGCUCCGUAUUUCUGGACUAUAUCUACAAUCUCCAAGACGAUAAACGGCUCUUCCUCCUCAAUUACAACUUGAGACAGUUGUUUGAUCAUUUCCAGAAAUUCACCAACGAAACUGAGUAUAUAUACCAGAAAUAUUUGAACAUCACGGAUCUGCAUCUUGAUUGGUUGAACUCAAACGAGACACAGCGUGAUCGAAACGACAUUGAGAAUAUUGUCUUGUCUUAUCACGCGAUUCUUGAUACGAUGAAGGAAGAGCUUGUAACUAGCCAUUUAGUCAUAUACGACUUUAGUCUGAUAGUUGUUGUCUUGUUCGUCAUGUGGCAAAUGGUUUUCAUCGCGUUUCAUGUGGAAUGGACAGUUUGGACUACGCGUAAAAACACAGUAUUUUUUUUCUUGGUGGGAUUUUCCCUGUGCUUAGGAUUGUAUCUUUACACUUUUGGAAACAUAACUGUUCUUUGUCCGAGUAUCAAAGCUCUAUUGUUCCUACUAAUUAUCGGCGUUUCAUAUAUUAACUAUAAUCUGAAUUUAAAUGACAAGAGAAAUGUGAGAACCAAUUUAUUUAAUUUCCAAUGUUCGAUAAUAAAAAAUAUUAAUUUAAACAUUGAAA